UGACAGAUGUCUAGAACCAUUCCGGACAUCUGUAAAAAUGAUCGUCACAUCCAAAUUUCAGUAUAGUUUGUACGUUGUAUUUCUAAUCAUAUUCUUCUCAUUGCUACAUCCUGGAUUGGGGAAGACGGAAAUUGAUAGAUCGCUCAGUACGCACUUAUCGAGACAAAAACGUUUCUUCGUCUUUCUAAAAUCUUCAACAUUUUCCGUCGGCAUGUCCGGUGCUAAAAGAGUGUCCCAGCCUUCACCGACAUCAACUAAUAUCGUUAUCGGUCUUGGAUGUGCUUACGAUUUACCUACAAAAGUUGACGAUUGGAGGUGGAGGUUGAAGUUUAGAAACAGAAACACAAAACCGCCAAAUACUAACUAACUGCUUUUACCGAAAAGAAAUUAGUGCAACUCCCAGCAUUGUAGCCAUUUAAUAAUCGUGUAUGCUAUAAGUUUCUCAUGGGUUUAUAGCUGC